GAAAUCUGUAAAUGCAACAGGAUUCUGUAAUGUUUUGUUUUUUUCUACGGUUUGCGACCUUCGACCUGUCUGGUGGAGAAACCCCAAUUAAAGUCAGAUAUGACAAGAAUAUUAUUAGAACCGUCAAUUUUAUAAAACACAUUUUUGUGAUAUACACCCACCAACCUAUAAAAAAUUUAUAAAAUGCAGGCCCAGAAGGGAGGAGAAAAAGCAAAACAGUCCCUCAAUCAAGCCGCAAAAUUGUUAAGUCAGAAUGGUUUUGCCAAACAGUUAAUUACUGGCACUGCUUCAGGAUGGUUUACAGGAGCUGUUGUGAAGCAUGCAGGCAAAGGGGUUGCUCUUGUAUUGGGAAGUGGUAUCAUUUUGCACCAAAUUGCCCACAAUCAAGGGAUUAUUAAACAAGAUCUUGACACUUUGAAAGAACUAGCUCAGAGAAAGACCAGCGAAUUGAGCAAAAAUACUCCCGCCAUUCAGAAGAUGAGAGGGUUUGCAUCGAAAAACAAGGUCUUCACGGCUGGUUUUCUUGGGGGUUUCCUUAUUGGUGUCGCUUUAUAAACUGAUUUAUUAAAUUAUUUACUUGAUAUACUCAUUUUAUUGUGUAGUGAUUUAUGUGAAAUGUAAAUAGUGCAAUUUUAGUAAAGAGUACCUAAUAAA